CAUAUCCCAAACUCAUAAUCCGCCCUUAUUUACCAUCUCGUCUUCAUAAUAAUUCUAUACGUAGAGUCCCCUCUCUCCCUAUCUAUACAUAUGGAUUCUAGUGAUUUCACGGUGAGUAUGAAGCGGAGAGAUGUGGUGACGGCGGUGCUGCCAGUGCCGGAACAAGUUUUGCCCAUGUCAAACCUAGAUUUGCUCCUACCACCCCUUGAUUUUGGAAUUUUCUUAUGCUACAAGAAAAGUAGCUUUAACACAGAGCAAAAUCUGUCGACUGAAAAUAUGGUGACUGUUAUAAAGAAAGCUCUUGCUCAAGUACUAGUGCCCUUCUAUCCAUUCGCCGGAGAAAUCGUACAGAACCACCGUGGCGAGCCUGAGCUUCUCUGCAGCAACGCCGGGGUAGAUUUUGUACAUGCAUAUGCUGAUAUAAAGCUUAAAGAACUGGAUCUCUAUCACCCGGACGUCUCUGUUCAUGGAAAGCUUGUUCCCGUUAAGCUUCGUGGCGUGCUUUCUGUUCAGGUAAAAUAUAUCGUUACAUUAUCGAAACUAAAACAAACUGAAUUCCUAUUUUACUUCGUGUUUUUUUCAAGCAAAAUUGGAUUUCUCCACCCUCCCUUUUUACCACUUGGAGAUGUAGAACUUCAUAGGCCAAAGCCAGCAAUCGUGAAGGUGUACUGUACAGAUGCUAAUGAUGAAGCUGCCAUUGUUGUAUCCUCCGGUCAACAUUUUCCCGUGACGAAACUGAACUUCGGAUGGGGAAUUCCAGCAUUUGGGUCGUAUCACUUUCCUUGGGGAGGGCAAACUGGGUAUGUGAUGCCAAUGCCAAGCGUGAGAGAGAAUGGAGAUUGGGUUGUUUAUAUGCAUCUUAUGAAGAAGCACUUGGAUUUAAUUGAGACAAAGGCUUUUGAUGUGUUUAGGCCUUUUGAUUCUUCUCAUUUGAAACUUGCAGUUGAUGAUUAAGAAAUUGAAUCACAUCUCUUGAUUAUGGAAUUUAUUCUCUUUGUAUAUUUUGAGGAAUGUUUUCAAGUUAGGGUCCGUUUGAUUGCAAAGGUGGAAUUUUGGUGGAAAGAAAAUGAAUUUCAGGGAAUUGAAUUACCUAGAAAUUAUUUUCCUGGGAAUUGUCAAUUGAUAGUGUUUGAUUGGUAUAAUUUUUCUCGUGGAAGAUGUUGAAAUGAAGUGUUUUUUGGUAUUCGUUUGGCUUUGUUUUAUAUGAAAAUUGUCAAUUUAAGGGAUA